UUUGCAAUUAUACUGAAAAGCGAGACUCCAAUUAUCUCUUACAAUUCUGAAGAAAACGUUGGUGGAAUCGCAAAUCCCCUUCUCCUCCGGGCGCUUCUUCGCGUUUCUUCUCAAAGACGGAAAAAAGGAAACCCCAAAUCCCUCCAUAGAUCUCCAAUUAGGGCUCCGAUUAUUUUAAUUGGUGCAUUCAAUUUCAGUAUCGCCUGACCGAUCAGUUGAGAAUAACGAUGGUCUGCGAGAAGUGUGAAAAGAAGCUGGCAAAGGUAAUUGUGCCGGACAAGUGGAAAGAAGGUGCAAGCAACACACAUGAAAGCGGUGGUCGUAAAAUUAACGAGAACAAGCUCCUGUCGAAGAAGAAAAGAUGGACUCCUUAUGGAAAUACUAAGUGCAUAAUUUGUAAGCAGCAAGUACACCAGGAUGCCAAGUAUUGUCACACAUGUGCUUACAGCAAGGGGGUUUGCGCCAUGUGCGGGAAGCAAGUAAUUGACACCAAGUUUUAUAAACAGAGCAAUGUGUAAUUAGAGGCCGGAAUUGAUAUUCAACUUGUAACUUCCAUUAUCAAGGGCUAAUAACAUGUACUUUGAUCCUGAUGGAUUUUUCUUUCUGGCAUCAAUCUAUAGCAAAUGACUUGAUAGCUCCUCCUAUAUCCCUUUCCGACUUUGACGUGUAAUUCAACUCUGAAUUAAUAUUUGUUUGUUUUAUGGAAAUUGUGUAGUAUAAACUUCUUUUUUCAUUUCUUCUGGUCAAGACAGUUAUGCCCUAACUUUUCACCUGAUGCGAUUGUUCUUGAAUUCUUUUCUUGAAUAAAAAUUAGUGGCUGUCGCAUCCUUUUUA